AUGUCCUCCAAUAACACGGAGAAUGAACCCAACAACAGCAACAACUCCAACAAUGAUCAUGGAGGUUUGAUUCUCGGAGUUACUUCAUCGGAAGGAGUCGAUGAAAACUGGGUGGUUAAUGAAUUGGAUCGAAUUGAAGGCAUGGAUCCGAAAGAUUACAAAUAUUUCAAGAAGAAGGGGCUUGAAGUGGAGUCUUAUUUGCUCAAGAUGAUGGAACGAGAGACCAAUGUCAUUGAGAAUGGAAAACAAUUGAACAAGGAAUUUUUGGAAGAAAAGAGAAAAUUGAAAGAACUUGAAAAGAUCAAACAAGAAAAUUCUCAAUACAUCACCGAUCUCAAAAAAGACUUAAUGAAGGCAGAAAAUCAAACAGCUCUGAUGAACGAGUCAGAGGCUGUCACGCAAACCUCGGUCAUUGAAUUGGAGAGGAAAAUUUCGAUUCUGGAAGACCAAAAAAAAGAUCUCAUCGAACAACAAAAUGCCAAAGAAAGACCAAUCAUCGAAAAUUUAAAAAAUAGCAUCCGACAAUUAAAGCAAGGAAUUAAAGAAAUUGAAGAGAGGAAAAAGAAGGAAGAAGAAAAGAAACAAAAAUUAGAAAAUGAUAUUUCCAAAGCAAAUCAAGAUUUGGAAGAAGUGUUGAAAACUCAAGCUCGGGAUUUGGAAAAAACUCUGCAACGAUUGCGAGAGGAACCCGAACGAGAACGACGACAGACAGAAAUUGUCAGGAAAGCAAGUAAAGCCUCCUAUGACGAAGUACAUACUCUCUCGGAAAAAUUAGAGCAGCUCGAACGCGAGGUCAAUGAAAUUGAGACAAAGAAAAUUGAUUUUGAACAAAUUCACUACAACAUGUUCAUGCUUGAAGAUAGCGCAAAAAUUAAUUCCACCAAGCUUCAGGAAGACAUUGACAGAAUGAGGCAAACUCUUCUCAUUGAGAAAGAUAAAGGAAAGGAAGAAAUGCUUGAAAGAGUGCGAUUAAAUCUACUGUUAAAAACAACCGCAGAAGAGGAAAAUUCAGAAGUCAAACACAAACAAUCUCUAGAAAAUGAAGAAAAUAUAUGUAGUAGAGACGCGUACAAUAUUCAACUUCAUCUUGAGCACAUCAAAUCCACGAUCGAUAAACUAGCAAAAACAAUAGAGGAAUUAACAGUUGAGAAGUCAACUUUGCAAACUGAAUUGGAGGUCACAAAAGAAAAGAAGCUUGAAAUUGAACGAGAUGUCGACCUGCUAAUUCAUGAAUUGCUCACAGGUGAAGCUGAAUACAUGUUUUUGACUGAAAAGUUGAAAAAUCGAAAAACAGAAACAGAUGAGCUGGAGAACAAAAUUACUAUCGUUGACGGUCAAGAAGGUGAGAUGAACAAGAUCAUCUCCAACCUGGAAGGACUGAGGGAAAGGAAAGCAAGAGAGGCUGCCAAGAAAAAGCGAGACUUCAUGGAUGCAGUGGGAGAAAUUAAAAUUCUGCAUUUCAGCAAUGGAGAAUUGUUUAAAACUCUCAAUGAAAUUGAGAACAAAUACAUUGCGUUACAACAAUCAUAUUCUCUCAUGGAGAGAGAGCGAAACAAAUAUGCAAAAGCUAUUCAAGACAGUGCUCAAUCUCAUGCGGAAAUUAGAGAAAAGAACAAGAUUCUUGAAAAUGAAUUGGAAGUGUUGACAAAACAAAAUCAAACCAAGUCAGAAGAGUUGAAACAGGUGAAACGAAAAGUGGAGGAUGAGGUGACCACAAAAGCUAGCAUGCUUAGCGAGUUUAGCAAAAAGAGACUUCUCUACAAGCAAAAGGAAGAACAAAACCUGGAAAUAAUAAUGGAAAUUGACAAGCUCAAUGCCGACAUUAAUUUGGCAGAAGAAAUGAUGAUGAUGUUAAAGAAAAAGUAUGAAACUGGAGUACAAGACCGAAAUUAUACUGGCAUUCAGCUCAUUGACAGAAAUGACGAGUUGUGCAUCUUGUACGAAAAAGCCAACGCACAAGAAAAAAUUAUCAAAGAAGGUGAAAUUGAAAUGAGAAAGAGAGACGAGGAAAUCAAAGCUCUGAAACUCGACUUGGAAGAAGAAAAGCGUCGAUUAGAGGUCCUAUUUAAAAAAUUACCAGAAUAUGAAUCGUUUUUAAAGAUGGAAGAAGAAUUAAAAGAGGAAAUUGAAAAGUUAAAUUCACAAGGCACCAAAUUAUCUGAAGAAUUGGAGAGACCUGAAAACUUGGAACGAUGGCGAAAGCUUCCAGGAGAUGUACCCAAUGAAGAGGAAUUGAAAGACAAAAUUCAAGAAUUAGAAGAAAAACUGAAUGAAAGAAGAGAACAACUCAUGGAAAAGAAUCUCGUUCUUAAGGGAAUUACGAAAAGUUCAGACAAGCUUCGAAAAUUGGCCAUUAAGGGACGAGAUGAAUCGUUUGAUUUGGCUGUCAACUUGAACUUUAUUCAAAAGAAAAUUGAGCAAACGACCAACAAGAUGAAAGCAACCGUGUCUGAGCUGUCCAUUUACGGCACAGAGGCCAUGAGACUUGAAAAGGACAAUGAAGAGCUUAAGAAUAUGAUCGAUGAAGCUCGUGAACGAAUGGAGAGAGGAGAACCUCCGUCAGAAGCCAUUGAGCAAGAAUGGGCACACGAAGAAGAAGUCAAGCAACGAUGGAAGGAACAAAUGGCAGAACGAAGGAGAAGACUGGAAUAUGAAGCAAGCUUACCGUCUACCAUUACGAGAACCACAGCUGUCAAACGACCAAAUGCUUAUAUUCCAGAUGAUGAUUUAGGAAUUCCAAAACCUUACCUCAUGCCUCCUGUAUUAUAUGCUUCAUCUUCAGCCACGAUGAGACACAUUCGAAAACCUAAGGCUAAGGAUAUUAUAAUCUAA